AUGACACCAAGCUGGGUCGCGGCCCCCGGCCCCGCGGCUCCCGGGUCGCGUUCCAAAGAGCGAACGCCGGGGGAUGGCCGGGCCGGGGCGGGUGAGGGGCGCUCGGGGGCCGUUGCUGGCCCCGGGCCGAGCGCUGACAGCCGCGUCCCGCCCGCAGGGAAGGCGCAGGAGGCCCUGCAGGAGCGGUACCGGCUGGGGUCGCUGCUGGGGCGUGGAGGAUUCGGCAGCGUCUGGUCGGGGACGCGGAUCUCGGACGGCGCCCCGGUCGCCAUCAAAAAGGUGCCACGGAACCGCAUCUGGCACUGGAGUGAGCUGCCCGACGGCACCAGCGCUCCCCUGGAGAUUGUGCUGCAGGACAAAGUGUCCACUGGCUUCCCCGGUGUCAUCCAGCUGCUGGAGUGGCUUGAGCUCCCCAGCGACAUUGUGAUGGUGCUGGAGCGGCCAGAGCAGUCUCAGGACCUCCUGCAUUUCAUUCGGGCACGGGGGUUCCUGCGCGAGGAGGUGGCGCGGCAGCUGUUCCGCCAGGUGCUGGAGGCCGUGCGGCACUGCACCAGCUGCGGGGUCCUGCACCGCGAUAUAAAACCAGAGAACAUCCUGGUUGACCUGGCCACCGGGCAGGCCAAAUUGAUUGACUUUGGCUGUGGCACCUACCUGCAAGAGACAGCCUACACUCACUUUGCAGGAACACCAUCCUACAGCCCCCCGGAAUGGACCCGCUUUGGCUGGUACCAUGGUGAGCCAGCUACCAUCUGGUCCCUGGGCAUCCUGCUGCACGAGAUGGUCUGUGGGAAGAUGCCUUUCAGGAGGGGCUGGAACUUCAGCUGGGGCCUGCUCUCACUGCCACAACGGCUCUCUCCAGAGUGCCAAAAUCUGAUUGGGUGGUGUUUAUCCAUGCACCCCUUGGCCAGACCCUCAUUAGAAGAGGUGUUCUGUCAUCCUUGGAUGCAGGAUAUUGAUCUGCCCUAGAAGAAGGGAGAGAGCCACAGGCACACUGUGCUGCAGAGCCCUGGGAAGGAGAAGGAGCGCCCAGAGAAGCUGUACCGGGUGGGGCUGCUGCUGCAGAAGACAGCGAGGAUGACAUCAAGGAUGACAUGAAGGAUGACAACCUCUUCCUCAACCUGGCCACCAGCAGUUGAAGGUGAUGCACUUUGAUUGUGGCACCUUCUUCAAAGCCAAACUCCACAGGGUAUUUGCAGAUGAGUCCACACGUGGGGAAAUGCUCCCAGAUUUGGGCAUUGCCCAGCCUGGCUGGGAAGCAAAGGUUCCCCCCUUUGCGGGGGCAGAUGCAGCUGAUCCUUCAGUUGGCUGCCCAGCUGCUUUUGGCAGGGCUGGGGGCAUGGGCUGGGGUGUGUACGAA